AUGCACACAUAUUUUGCCAUUUCAAACAACGCUUGGGUCUUUCUUGAGGGCCUCUACCUCAGAAACAUCAUUUACCGGGAUGUUUUCACUGAAACUCAUCCAAUCACGUACUAUUUCCUGUUUGGAUGGGGUGCAAUUUUACCUGCAUUCAUUUGUUUGUUCUUGUGCAAACAUUUAUACUUUUCUAACAGAUGUUGGAUCGAGACGACAACACUUUCAUACUGGGUUAUACACGUGCCCGUUGUAUUCACAGUCAUCAUGAAUUUCAUCUUUUUUGUCUCCAUUCUUCGAGUCCUCUUCUACAAAUUCAAAACAUCGACAACCAGAGAAGCAAAGAAGAGGAAACAAAUGAAACUUGCGAAAUCCACCUUGUUUUUGAUCCCCAUGUUGGGAAUUCCCAACAUCACCUUCAUCUUCCUCCCUCGAAUCGUUCACAUGACUCUCGAGAUCGUCAGAUUGUAUUUCGAGAUCAUAUUCAGCUCAUUCAACAGUGUGAUAGUAGCCUUCUUGUUUUGCUUCAUGAAUGACGAGGUAGGAGGAGUUAUUUUUCAUGUUUUUAAAUUUUAA